UCGAACGCAACGGUACAUGCACGGCGGACGGCUAGCGAACCCAGUGUCCCGUCGACAACAACUCUCCGAACACCGAACUGCAGUUUGAUUGAAGAAACACUUCCGUUCACAUAUUUUUUUCAAGUUGAAUACAUCGAAGUAAUAGUUAAGAACGCCGCUUCUCAAAGCCCCCAAACAGUGCUCAAAGUCCCCGAAAAACCAGCUGCCGCAUUUUGAAGUUACGUCAAAAGGAGUCGCGGAGAGGAAGCGCCAGCGGAGAAAGGUGGAGGAGAGAGCCAAAAAUAAAGAACGAAAACAACAACAAAGCAGACGCACGCGAUAGGAGUAACUGUAAAUGUGAAAGGAUAAAGUAGGAGAAAGUGGAAAUCGGCGGAGGAACUUUCCUUCUCUUCUUUUCCCUUGGCGCGUCGUCGCCGUUUGCCGUUUGCCUUUUGUUUUUAUUAUUUUUUCCCUCUGUGCCUGUGCCUUUGUUGAUUGCUUUCCAGCCGGCUUUGGCCAUAAGGGAGGGGGCGAUAAAGCGAGGAGGAGGCAGAGGCGACGGAGCACCCACGACGGCUUAUGUAAAGCGUGCUUAAAGCGUGCUAUGGAAGCAUGUCGUCCACUUCCAGCUCCGUGCUAGCGUUGUCAUCGUUUAAUCUAUUAUUUUUCACCCAAGUGCUCACGGUACUCAGCUCUACGAUCAAGUACAACGAAUACGCGACGGACAAGGGCGGCAAUGUGAGCAUACCCUGCAUAGCCCAGGGCAACAUUAUGUGGGUGAAAGAGCACGGCAACAACAGCACGAUAAUCCAGACUGGCCGUGUUCUGGUGCUGCGCAAUGUGAGCACCACGGAUGCGGGAAUCUAUGUGUGCUUCGCCUCAGUGCCACGCCCAGCGACCACGACAGCAACAUCCGCAACUACCUCACCGCAAAGUCAGCAGGAGAAAGAAACGCAGCCAGUGGUGGAUGAUGAGCGGGAUGGUGGCAGGGAGUCCCAAGCCGAGACCGAGUCCCGGAGGGACUUCCAGCAGGAACCCCACGUGGCGGAGGCCGAGGAGGAGGAGGUGGAGUACCAGGCCCAGCAGCGGACCAAGCUCAGCGUUCGCACCGUUCCGGGUCCGGUGUCGCAGCUGUACUUUAAGGCCUCCACCAUACUGGGCUUCCUCAUCUGGCGCUUCAACAAGACGCAGUCCGGCGGCUACCCGGUGCGCAGCUUCACGGCGGAGUACCGCAACGUGUCCUACAAGACGCCGCCGGCCAAUGCCAGCUUCGAGCACGCCUGGAGCAGGAUGGACCCCAUCAACAUAGCCUUCAACGUGCGCCAAAUGGAGGUCUACCGCCUGGCACCCAACACCACCUAUGAGUUUCGGAUAUGGGCCAACAACGAGCUGGGCAGCGGCGAGGUGGUCACCACCAACGUGACCACGCUGCCGGAGACCAAGGAGGAGGAUCUCAUACGCCUUAUAAAACCCGACCUAGACAAUUUCGACCCGCGCAUUUGGAUAGUGGCCGUCAGCAUAGUGCUCGGAACCCUUGUGAUAUUAGCGAUCGGACUCUGCAUUGUGCUCUCCAAGGAGUGCUACCAGUCGGCGCAAAUGGAACUGCAAGAUGGCUGGGACAGCAUUGAGCUCAUACCGAACAUAAUACUUAAUCCCGGUUUCAGCGAGUCGGAUGGCGGUGGUCAGGGCGGUCCCAAGGGCGGGGGUGCCAGUGGUGGUGCCGAGGGGCAGGACGACCCGGACGAGGGGGACGAGGACGACGUCGCCAUGCCCUUUCCGCGCACCAUCAUCUUUGGCCAGCACCAUCGCACGCCUCCGCCGCCGCGCCUGCACUUGCCGCCGCAGCAGCACCACCAAUACCACCACCACCAGCACCACCGGCGGCGGGAGGAGGACGAGGACGACGACUACGAGGAGGAGCACGAGCCCACCAUGGAGCGGUUCAAGCGCAAAGUUUCCGUCUUCUUCACCGGACCCACCAUCAAGCGCAUUUGAGACGCGCCCGAGUACAAACACUGGUCACCUAGGUUGUUGCAUUGCGGCCUGAUUAUGGGAUAGUUGCGAUCCAGAUCCAGACCCAGAUCCGGGUCCACUGACGCAUAGAGCUUAUCGAUCGAAACCUUCGUUUUCACUUCGGUUUCCCCUGUCCAAGCUUGAAAAUGAAGUAUCUAAGAGCCCCAAGAGCUACCACCCCCCUCAUUUAUUGCUCAUUGCCAACGCUUCUCCCCGGAUCACAACUAUAUAGAUAUAUAUACACGUAUUAUACAUGUAAACCAAAACAAAUAUAUUGCUGUGAUACAAAUUCAAUUGAACGGACAUUGUGAGGAUUUACCACAAAGCACUCGAGACACCAAUACAGUUAUUAGCCCCCAUGAAUUUGCUGAAGCUCGUAGAUGCAUCGUACCCCCAUUGGAUUUGGCCUAGUUCGACACGCUCUCUGAGUUGCAGCCACCGCAUUCAGGAUCCAGAUACAAGCGGGACAGCUUAGAGCCGCAGAAUAGAACCCGUGCAGAGAUCUGUUACCAAGAGCUGGACAAGAUAUUUGUCCGUUGGUCUGCAAACUGUUGAGUUAAGUACUAGAAGCCCCGUUUCCUGAAGUAUACCCAGGCUACUGUAACAGAUCUCCAAUAGUCCAGAGCCGCGACUAUAUCGUUGCAACUCUUCUUGCUUUCGAUUAUGUUUUAAGAUUAAACAAACUGUGAAACAAUUUUAUAAUUGAGCAAAUAUUUUGCACUGUAGAGCGCACCAAACGAUCUAUAUACAGAUAUAUAAAUAUACUUAAACCCGGUAAAAACGUUUGAUAAACAUUUUAAAUAAACGGCGCAAUGCCUUGUGCUUUAGUUCGGCCUCAAAGCUAAUCAACCUGAAUACGAUAUGAUAUAGGAAUACUUAUGAAAGUAGUUAAAGUAGCUGGGAAACCAAAUAUUCAAAGCGAGAAGGAAACCGAAAUAAAUAAGAAAACUGCUUCCACCACAGAAAACAAAAUUGAAACAAUUAAAUUGUUAUAAAAGAUAAAUCAAAACUAACUUUAAGCAAGCGAAUAAUGUGUAUAUACCAAGGCAAAACAUAUGUUAGGGCUGGAUGUACACACAUGUGAGGCGUGUACAUAGGAUAGCGAGUGGGUAUCUUAAGAAAGACUGUAGUUACUGUUUAAGACACUUUGGCCUGCGCUUAUACCAAUUUUUUGGGCGCUCCUUGGCCCGCUGUUUUGGUUCGAAACAUUUUUGCAUUGAUCUGCUAAGCUGCGAACAAGUAUAUUUAGAAAUAGUGUUUCUAUCAAUUCGGAAUGUGCACUUAACUAAACCGUGUAUAAAAGGAGAACCCAGAACUCAAGAAAACACGAACUAAAUAAACUAAAGUCUCUCGCCCAAGCCCUCACCUUAAACUCUUGGCUGUAUUUCUAAUUGUUAUUGCUUCAGGUUGAGGUUUGUUGUUACUGCGCCAGCCUUCGGUCAGCGAAAACGCCCCUAGUCACUCUAAAGAAAUUGUUUUCUAGUCUAAGGCUAAGCCGGCGGCGGAGCAGCUAGACCUCAACACCACAGAAAACACAGACAACAAUAAAGUAAAUCUAAGUUUACAAAA